CCUCUGAAUCAGUUCGUUGUACUAUGUGCUGCAAUAGAAACACACUUACUUCUCUGUCUCCACAUAUCUUUCUCUUCUAGUGAGAUUCGCUCCCAAGCCACAAGACACUUCCUGCUCAGAACCUAUUUCUUAACUACCACUGCUAUUUCAGACCCUGCAUCGAAAAUGCAAGCUCAGUCACCAAUGGUCAUUGUGACUCAGCCUGGAUAUGGUCCUGUACCCCAGAACCCCAACUGGCAGACAGGCCUGUGUGAUUGCUUCAGCGACUGUGGAGUCUGUCUCUGUGGCACAUUUUGUUUCAUGUGCCUUGCUUGUCAAGUUGCAGCUGACAUGAAUGAAUGCUGUCUGUGUGGAACAAGUGUCGCAAUGAGGACUCUCUACCGGACCCGAUACGGCAUCUCUGGAUCCAUUUGUGAUGACUACCUGGUGACCCAUUGCUGUCCUCAGUGUUCUCUUUGCCAAAUCAAGAGAGACAUCAAUAGAAGGAGAGCCAUGCGUACUUUCUAAAAAAAAACCUAAUGGUAGGUGAAAAGCUCUCACUGAAGCAACUAAAACCAGCAGGCAUACACCUCUUCAGUUUGAAUCCUUCUCUGCCUUUUGCAAAUGAAAUAUGACAGAUAUGCUUAAUCACAAUCAAUGGGAUAAAAGAAUGGAAUUUUGAUUUAUUUUAAAUGAAUGUUUUUGCUUAGUUUUGCUAAAUGGUUCAGCUUAGCUUCUCCUUGCUUUCAUAUUAUUAAAUUUUCUGGCUUAUGAAUUUUGUGUUACAUUUCAUAUAUAAACAAAAUAAAAGAUUUUACUAACAAGA